CCGCGCCCCCGGCCCGCGCGCGCCAUGGAGCCGGGCCGCGGCGGCGUCGAGACCGUGGGCAAGUUCGAGUUCUCCCGCAAGGACCUGAUUGGUCACGGCGCCUUCGCUGUGGUCUUCAAGGGUCGCCACCGCGAGAGGCACGACCUGGAGGUGGCCGUCAAAUGCAUUAACAAGAAGAACCUUGCCAAGUCUCAGACACUGCUGGGAAAGGAAAUCAAAAUCCUGAAGGAACUAAAGCACGAAAACAUUGUGGCGCUGUAUGACUUCCAGGAAAUGGCCAAUUCUGUCUACCUGGUCAUGGAGUACUGUAAUGGUGGAGACCUGGCUGACUACCUGCACACCAUGCGCACCCUGAGUGAAGACACCGUCAGGCUGUUCCUGCAACAGAUCGCUGGUGCCAUGCAGCUCUUGCACAGCAAGGGCAUCAUCCACCGCGAUUUGAAGCCCCAGAACAUUCUGCUGUCUAAUCCUGGGGGUCGCCGUGCCAACCCCAGUAACAUCCGAGUCAAGAUUGCUGACUUUGGAUUCGCCCGGUACCUCCAGAGCAACAUGAUGGCGGCCACACUCUGUGGUUCUCCUAUGUACAUGGCCCCUGAGGUCAUCAUGUCCCAGCACUACGAUGGGAAGGCUGACCUGUGGAGCAUUGGCACCAUUGUCUACCAGUGUCUGACAGGGAAAGCCCCUUUUCAGGCCAGCAGCCCUCAGGACUUGCGUCUGUUUUAUGAGAAGAACAAGACACUAGUUCCUGCCAUCCCACGGGAGACAUCAGCUCCCCUGCGGCAGCUGCUCCUAGCUCUGUUGCAACGUAACCACAAGGACCGCAUGGACUUUGAUGAAUUUUUCCACCACCCUUUCUUAGAUGCCAGCACCCCCAUCAAGAAGUCCCCACCUGUGCCUGUGCCCUCAUACCCAAGCUCAGGGUCCGGCAGCAGCUCCAGCAGCAGCUCUGCGUCCCACCUGGCGUCUCCACCGUCCCUGGGGGAGAUGCCACAGCUGCAGAAGACCCUUACCUCCCCAGCCGACGCUGCUGGCUUUCUGCAGGGCUCCCGGGACUCCGGUGGCAGCAGCAAAGAUUCUUGUGACACAGAUGACUUUGUCAUGGUCCCAGCCCAGUUUCCAGGUGAUCUGGUAGCUGAGGCAGCCAGUGCCAAGCCCCCACCUGACAGCCUACUAUGUAGUGGGAGCUCGCUGGUGGCCUCUGCUGGCCUAGAGAGCCAUGGCCGCACCCCAUCUCCCUCUCCGACUUGCAGCAGUUCUCCCAGCCCCUCUGGCCGGCCCGGUCCCUUUUCCAGCAACAGGUACGGUGCCUCGGUCCCCAUUCCUGUCCCCACUCAGGUGCACAACUACCAGCGCAUCGAGCAGAACCUGCAGUCGCCAACUCCACACCAGGCAGCCCGGUCUUCGGCCAUCGGAAGGACAGAUAGCACUAGCCCCUUGGGCUUUGCUCGGGCCAGCCCAUCACCUCCAUCCCACACUGAUGGAGCCAUGCUGGCCAGGAAGCUGUCACUAGGAGGUGGCCGUCCCUACACACCCUCUCCCCAAGUGGGAACCAUCCCUGAGCGGCCCAGCUGGAGCAGAGUGCCCUCCCCACAAGGAGCUGAUAUGCGAGCUGGCAGGUCACCACGGCCAGGCUCCUCUGUGCCUGAGCACUCUCCACGAACCACUGGGCUGGGCUGCCGCCUGCACAGCGCCCCCAACCUGUCCGACUUCCAUGUUGUGCGCCCCAAGCUGCCUAAGCCCCCGACAGACCCACUGGGAGCCACCUUCAGCGCACCCCAGGCCAGUGCACCCCAGCCAUGCCCAGGGCUACAGUCUUGCCGGCCACUGCGUGGCUCACCUAAGCUGCCUGACUUCCUACAGCGGAGUCCCCUGCCCCCCAUCCUAGGCUCUCCCACCAAGGCUGGGCCCUCGUUUGACUUCCCCAAAGCCCCCAGCUCUCAGAAUUUGCUGACCCUGUUGGCUCGGCAGGGUGUAGUAAUGACACCACCUCGGAACCGCACACUGCCUGACCUCUCAGAGGCGGGUCCUUUUCAGGGCCAGCAGCUGGGCUCUGGCCUGCGGCCUGCUGAAGACACCAGGGGCCCCUUUGGCCGGUCCUUCAGCACCAGCCGCCUUACAGACCUGCUGCUUAAGGCUGCAUUUGGGACGCAGGCCUCUGACUCGGGCAGCACCGACAGCUUGCAGGAGAGACCUAUGGAGAUUGCUCCCUCUGCUGGCUUUGGAGGGACCCUGCAUCCAGGACCCCGUGCUGGAGGGGCCAGCAGCCCAGCACCUGUGGUAUUCACUGUGGGCUCCCCACCCAGUGGGUCCACACCGCCCCAGGGCACCCGCACCAGAAUGUUCUCAGUGGGCUCUGCCGGCUCCUCCUCUGCCCGCCACUUAAUGCCUGGGGCCUGUGGUGAGGCCUCUGAGCUCUCUGCCCCAGGCCACUGCUGUAGCCUUGCUGACCCCCUUGCCGCCAACUUGGAAGGGGCUGUGACCUUCGAGGCUCCUGACCUCCCAGAGGAGACCCUCAUGGAGCAAGAGCACACGGAGACCCUGCACAGCCUGCGCUUCACACUUGCGUUUGCACAGCAAGUUUUGGAGAUUGCAGCCCUGAAGGGUAGUGCCAGCGAGGCGGCCGGGGCCCCCGAGUACCAGCUCCAGGAAAGUGUAGUGGCUGACCAGAUAAGCCAGCUGAGCCGAGAAUGGGGCUUUGCAGAGCAGCUGGUCCUGUACCUGAAGGUGGCAGAGCUGCUGUCCUCAGGCCUUCAGACUGCCAUUGACCAGAUCCGAGCUGGCAAGCUCUGCCUUUCGUCUACUGUGAAGCAGGUGGUGCGCAGACUGAACGAGCUGUACAAGGCCAGCGUGGUGUCCUGCCAGGGCCUCAGCUUGCGGCUUCAGCGCUUCUUCCUGGACAAGCAGCGGCUGCUGGAUGGGAUCCAUGGUGUCACCGCUGAGCGGCUCAUCCUCAGCCAUGCUGUACAGAUGGUGCAGUCGGCCGCCCUAGACGAGAUGUUUCAGCACCGAGAGGGUUGCGUGCCACGCUAUCACAAAGCCCUGCUGCUGCUGGAGGGGCUGCAGCACACACUCACAGACCAGGCGGACAUUGAGAACAUCGCCAAGUGCAAGCUGUGCAUCGAGAGGAGACUCUCAGCCCUGCUGAGUGGCAUCUGUGCCUGACCACCUGCUGCCAGCCUUCAGAGCAGGGCCAGGACCUGGCAGACUGUCCUCCACACUGAUCCGAUGGUGCUGAGACUGCUGCCAGCCAGCUUUAGCAGGGUGCUGCACAGUGGACCUGUGCGGACUGGUGCAACUCUUGCUUCCUAGGCUGCCAGUCUCUGCUGGUAGGGCGACAUCAGCGUGCCAGGGACAGCUCCCUUGCCCACUUCCCCAGCUGGCUCCUUUGGCAAACAGGUAUGGCGUCGAGAGGUGGUAGGCUGGUGAGUGUGGGCAUCUGCCACCUGCGGAACUCAAGGCAGCCCUGUGGACAGGCAAGGCCCUGAGACUGUUGCUGACUCCAAGCCAAAGCAAGCAUUUUCUCACAGCUCACUUGCCCCAUUGUUAGGCCAAGAAAAAAGGGUGUGGCCUUUUGAUCUCUCUAGGAACCUCUCCCUUUGAGACUACCCACCCAGCUUUGUAAAUCACCGGAGCACUUUAUGCAGACAGAGACUGGAGAACCUCAGCCAGCAGUGUGGGCUGCUGGGAACUUGCCUCCCGUUCCUGGCUCUUGUCCUUCACCAUGCUGUAUAGAUGCUGGACCAUGUCUAUGUGUAUAAAUAGCCCAGUGUUCGCCUCCAUCUGUGUCUGGUCCUUGGAGGAAAGCCACAGGCUUGCCUUCUAGGGGAUAGUCCUUUCGUUCAAAUGUUCGUUGGGCACAGGCGCCGCGUGAAGCACUGUGCUUUUUAAAGU